AUGCCAUUCCUCCCGACAUUCAACGACCUCAAGAGCGUCGGAAGCUCUUUCAACCCCCUCAACCUCUUCUCGGAUCCACCAAAAGGACCGAACGAUGAGGAGAGGUUGGGUGAAGCCGGACCGGGGCCAUCAUCUCUUGCCAACCGGGGGGCGAGUCUCAAGUCGGACACAUCAUCAUCAGACUCGUUUGAUGGCGAGGAUGGGCGGAGGAAGAGCAAUGCGCAAGGUGUGAGUAUCCAGGCGGAUGAAAGGCCCAAGCGGGAGAAGAAGAAGAAGGUUCCCAUGGACUCAUACAUCAUCGUCAAGCCUCCUCCCACCAACUCUAAAAACGCACUCAACCUCCAAAUCCAACUUGUCGUCGGGAAAGGUGGCCGCGGGCGGUCUGACUCGACCGGUACCAGCCAUACUGGCCCUCGUACCCCAUCGGCAUCCGUCGAGCCCUACUUUCCUCGUCUCGGCGGUCCAUCUACACCUCCAGCCUCUGCCGGAUCACGUAUCACGCUCGGGCCAGUGAUCAAUGGCUCGUCAUCCAAGCCCAUCGAAGGUCUCGAGCGGCGCUCAGAUACCCCACCAUCAGAAGACGAUCCCUCCCCACUCCCAUCAGCCACGCUGUCAGCCGGUACAAAUGGGACGGUUCUGCGGCGGAUCAACAGUCGGAAGAGCUCAAGCAGCAGCAUCCCGCUGUCGAUGAACUCAGCCUCUGGCCAGAAGCGGAUCCAGCCCAUGUUUAACCUGAACGUUCAUAACGUCAUGCAUGCGUCGGUGGUCACGGACGCUGGAACGGAUGCGAAGGUAGCCAAGUUCGGCAAACGGAACAUCGACAUCGUUGAUGUUGGUAUUCUCGAGCCUACUGAGAUCUGGCAAGUCGCCGCCAACUCAUCCACCCUUUUCCCUCCCGGCGCUACCUUGGAGGAAUCACGCUCCCGCCCCAUGUCCAUGCACUCCCUCACCUUCCCCAUAUCCCCCACCUCGACACGACUCGCGGAUGACGGUCGCGUCCGGACCAGUAUCGACAUUCUUCGGCCAGAAACCAUUCAAGAGGGCGGAGCGAGCGCCAAGCGAUUCUUUGGCAAGAUCGGGGGAGCUUUUAAGAAGAAGAAUGCGGGGGAUAAGGAGGGCGGGCAAGGCUUGGUUCCCGGCCCAAGUCCCACACCCAAUACUGGCGCUUUCCCCUCUUCGUCAAGUAUGGCAAGGGGAGGGUCUAAGGACGGAGGGGCAGACCACGGCGUUGCAGUCGGACCACCUACGUUCGGGUGUUCACCCAGCGUCAUUGCGCGACGAGCAUCGGCGGCUGCUCUCCCGUCCGACAGUCUCGCCCCGCCAGACUCUGCCCCACUCGCCUUUUCCACUCCUCGGAACGCUCAAGCUUCAAAUCGGCCGGUCGCGUACUCGUGGACGGUCAAGAAGUGGUGCAAGCGCAAUACGGACGGCUGGGCGGCCAAUCUCGUCGAGGCGGUAGCGAACGGGGUGUCGAUGCAGGGCGGUACGGGCGUCGAGGCGGAAGAUGAGGUCAUGUUUGAGUGGACCAAGGCGCGAGGUCCGGCCGUCACCGUCACUCCGCGCAGUCGGCGAUCCUCCUUCGCGUCAAAGGGCCACUCCCGGCCUCCAUCUACCGCGCCGGGCAUGGACUCACCCUCUGCCCGGGCGUCUAUGCGGGAUGCACCCCUCGCUGCUCCUCUUCCCGGUACGCCCACCCUCUCGGCCCGUCCCCAGCCUACUCGGCGUAUAUCGGCCGCAUCCUCCCUAUCGCCUCACAAAGCUGAGCCUACCAUCCCCGACGAUAGCUCCAUCAUCUACCAGACGGCCGAGGAGGACGAUUCAGACCCCGAGGACUCGGAGACACCAUGGACAUGCUCCCUCGUCGUCAAGCGCACAGGGCAGCGUCAGGUCCUCGGUACACUCACUCCGGCGCCACACCAUCCUAAGGUCGUCGGUCAGCUCAAGCUGCCGAGUCGGCUCGAGACGAUCUGUCUGGCGCAGGUGGCGGGGAGCGGAGUGCACGUCGAGAAGGCGAAGAAGGAGGUCAGCCUGUCGGAGGAGGCGGUGAAGGACGUGGUGUGCGUGACGGCAUUGUGGCUGGUCGCGAGGGAGGGGUGGAAUGGGCUGGGAAAGAUCAAGAGGGGGAGAUGA